UAUAUCAUCAACAUGUUCCACUACAUAGCAAUUUGCUGCGUAUUGGGCGCGGCGGUGGCGGCUCCGUACAGCUCGUACGGUCUAGCGACGGUUGGUAGUUAUGCUAAUCCAAACUAUGGAUUUAAUUACGCGGUAAACGAUCCAGUGACCGGAGACAAUAAGGCUCAGUCGGAGGUGCGGGAGGGCGACGUCGUGAAAGGCUCAUACUCGCUGGCGGAACCCGACGGCACCAUACGUGUCGUCGACUACACUGCCGACCCCGUAUCAGGGUUCAACGCCGUGGUCAAGAGAAUAGGACACGCCUCCCAUCCUCAACAGGUCUUGACCCCCGUCGUCACCAAAGCUAUCGCGGCCCCUGUAUGGCAAGCCCCCGCCCCUGUGCACACUAACAUAUACACUGGUCUCGGCUCCUGGGACCACGGUCUCGGUUGGAGUGGUCUCGGUGGGUCCGGUCUCGGUUGGGGCGGUCACAGUUGGGGCGGUCUCGGCUGGGGCGGUCUCGGCGCGGCGGGACACGGACAUUGGUACCAUUAAGGAUUUUAUGCUACCACUCAUUCAUAUUAACAAAGACGUAGCGACGCUAUGCGACAAUGUGAAUGAGAACAAUAAAAUUUAAUAAGCAACUAGAGAUUAUGAUUCAAACAAUUUACUCGACUUUAUAGUAUGGUAACAUCUAGGGUAAAUGUCAAAAAUGUAAAUUGUACCUGUCAUGAACCGCUAAUAGUGUAAAGUUUGUAAAUAAAUAAAAACCAAUACUAUAGUGCCUUA